UGGCGACAAUCCCAAUUUCUCUUCUUAUUUAUCUGGAAAGAAUUGUUUUAGUGCUACUGGUGAACUUUUGUUGCCGACUGAUCUGCGGAGGGAAACAACAAACAUCCAAUAUGAACAUAGAAGACCCGCUAAUUGUUAGAGCACGCGAAAAAGCCAUCCACUUGGUGGAGCUUACAGAAAGUUUCGUGAUGGCUGCUAGUGCAGCACAGCAAGCCAUCAAUAAGCAUUCAGAUGACUUACAAGAUAAAUUGGAGGAGGCACUCACUCAAUUCGAGCUUGUGGAAAAUACAGUGAAUGUAUUGCAGACGUUGCAUCCAUUAAUUAUGGAUCAUCAGCAACAAUUAUCUAUUAAGUCUUCUACAAACAAUGCCUCCUUAUCCUGUCGUCGAUCAUUGUCCAGAUUACAUCGAGCAUUAUCUGCUGUUCAAACUCCAAGAACAGAGAUUGAGAUGUAUCUGCGACAGUUAGAUGACAUUUUAGUUGAAGUGAAACAGGAAGACGACUUGGGUUCUGUAAGCCGUAUUAAAACUGAGACUGUACAAUCACCCUCCGAUGGAGGUGCUUAUAAUGUCCAUAAUAUGGCUGGAUCCACAGUGCCGCCUGCUAUGCAGCAGGAUAGCACAAUGGAUGUUCUAAAUGCGAGUUUCGAUUCUCAGCGAUUAUCAAGUCCUGUGCCACAACAGGUCAUCAAUUCCACUCCGUCAAAUGUUGCAGCACCUAGUUUUCUACUGAAAGAGGAGAAGCAAAUGCCCUUACAGCAAACACCUCCUUUGAAGGAAACAUCGCCUUUACGGCAAUCAUCGUCUUUACAAGAAACAGUAUUUUUGCCACAUCAACUGUCCUCUACUCCUUUUGUUGAGCAACGAUCAUCGCAACUCUUAUCAACAAUUCUGCAGCAGCCUGCAUCAUCGAACGAAUUUUUUGAUCCUAUGGACGUGUCUCCUACACCAUCCGUCAUUUCUGCGGUGCCAGAACCUGCUGUGCAACAGCAUCGGUUGCAGCCACAUGAAACAGAUCACGAGAUGAAGAUUUCCCCUGAGAGAUACUUGCAACCGCCCUCGGUGGUUACAUCUCAUUUCUUGGAUCAAUUUGAAGCAACUGCAAAGGUAUUUGCUGAAAAGACAGGUUAUACUUUACAAGACGUUUGGGAGAAAAUGCUGGUCUACGCACUUCCAAGUGAAGAACAUCGUGUUUGGGCAAACUCCAAUAUAUUCAAUAAGAAUCUGACAUGGCAGGAAGCCAAGGAUCUGUAUAAAAGAGCAUUUCCUGAUCCUGAUCCAUUCUCCACGGCCCCUCCUACUCCGCCACUUCUUCCGCCUCAUACCCCUCUUUCUGCUGAGGCAGCGACUACUGUUUCUGUUAAAAGUGAAUCAGAAAAUUCUUUGCCGAAGAAGAAGAGCUUUGCUACUUCUUUAUUACGACCCGAAGUAGUCGAGUCGAAGUUAAAACAAUCACCAUCAGGUCCGAUAAAAUCAAAGAACUCUAAACCGGACACCAACCACGACCGUGCUCGUUCUGUACAAGCAAAACAGUACAGAAUGCAACGAUUUGCCGAGUGUUUGUUUGAAUUGCGAAUGGGAGAUUAUGAUAGUAUUCAAGAAUAUAAUCGAAAGUAUGUACGUUACUGUAGGGCGGCAGAGAUGGACUGCAGGGAUCCAUCUCUAGUGAGACGCUAUAUCAGUUCGUUGUUACCCCCAUAUCGCAAAGCAAUCAAAGAAAAGUUGCAGCGAUCGAACGAUCAUCCUCCCUCCGAUAUCUUUGGUUAUGUGGAACUGACUACAGAUAUAGGCAAGCAUCUGUAUUCACCCAUAGCCUCGGAGAAAAUAAUUAUAUCUCGCGCUGUAAACUGUCAAGACUUAUUUUACAGGCAACAGACAACUCAAGCAGAAGGACAAAGUGCAAAAAGGAAAGCUUCUAAUGAGUUAGAAGAUGAUUUUGCAAAACGCCGAUAUUUUUAAUUCAUUAAAAAUAAUGAAGAUACCCAGUUCAUACUUUCCUUUGACUUGAAAACCCAAUUUUUACCAGUUUUAUCUAAUCCAUACUAUCUUUAUCAUGUUCUCAUCUUAACAAAAGCAACAAAUAAAUCCAAACU